AUGCUCUUUUCUCUACUCCUGAUCAAUGUUUGCGCAGCAGCGGAUUCAGGCAGCACAGCACCGUCUGUUGAGUUGACAAGCGUCGACUACUCUGCUUUGACCACUACAGAUAAUGCAGGACUAGUCGUCGGAUCAUCGAAGAAGCUGACGGAAUAUUUACUGUCACAACAUAAUCCGAAUGCGCCGCCAGAUGGAAUUCUAGACCUUCAUUAUGAGAUGGAGCUCGUCCACAUUCUAGGCAUCGAUGAACUGAAACAAACAAUGACUGUGCUUGUAUAUGUGGAUGAGAAAUGGACCGACCCAACGCUAUCAUGGGAUCCGCAAAAAUUUGGCGGCCUUUCGAAGACGUGGGUACCAUUAUCUCAAAUAUGGCUUCCGGAUAUCAUCAUCUUCAAUAUGUUACAACGCGAAGACCUGCUGUCAUCAGUGCGAGCACCUGCCUUGAUCUACUCGAAUGGUACGGUAGAAGCAAGUCAUCCAGCGGUCUAUACAGUAAGCUGUGAAAUCAACAUCAAACGCUUCCCACUUGACGAUCAACGAUGUGCGCUUGAGAUUGCAAGUUGGACCUAUGGUAAGGAUAAAAUCCGCUUGCAUGCACAUACCGAACACUCUCUUGAACAUUACACGGAUAAUGAGGAAUGGCGAUUGCUGAAGGUGUCCGUAGUUGAAGACGAGUACGAGCACGAAGGCAUUAAUGUGUCUGAGUUACGAUACGACGUCUCUGUAAAGCGAAGACCGCUUUUCUACAUGGUCACGUUGACUUUUCCAAGUUAUGUGAUGUGCGCAAUAUCAGUCGUCGGAUUGUUUGCGAGGUUUUCGACUACUGGAGAACGAGAGGAAAGGUUCACUCUUGGAGUUACUGCCAUCUUGACAAUGGCUGUUCUUUCGCUUGUCGUAAGCGAAAAGGUUCCACAUUCGUCAACUCAUGUACCUCUCCUUGUGGCAUACUUCCUCUUCAACAUGAUAUCAGUCUCCGUAGCUGCGAUGACUACGGGACUUGUAAUGAAAGUUCAUCGCAUGGGUCGGCAUGGUCGCGAACCGGAAGAGUGGGUGCUGCGCUUGUUUUGCCUGCGGCCCGUGAGCUUUCGGAAUGGAAUUUAUACAGUGAACACUGGUGAAACACUGCUGCACUCGUCUUCCUAUCUGAAAGGGCUAAAUUCCGAGCUGCGCAAGUGCGAGUCGCAACCGUUGUCCGAACGAAUUCCAGUUCUUGAGUCAUAUAUCAAGAAACUUGCCAACACCUGCGAAAAUAUACAGGACGAGAUCGACGACAUCGACGUUGACGAUCCUGUAGCACUGAGGCGACGUCGCGAAGCAAAUGGAUUCGUACGAAUUUCGCAGAGACUGGAUGUCAUUUUCAUGAGUUUCUUCCUCACCCUUGUCACCAUCCCUGUUAUUGUACUGUUUUAUCUUAGUUAA